AUGGACACCAACAUUGAUCUCACCAAGCUCAAUGAAUCCGAUAAGCAGGACCUGAACAAGAUCCUAGCCAACGAGACUCAAAAAGCGACCAUCCAGCAAGUGGUCCACCAAUUGAAUGAUGUAUGCUGGAAGAAGUGCAUCACCAGCAAGAUCACAUUCAAUGGCCUAGACAGGACCGAAGAGGCCUGCGCCCAGAACUGUGUCGACCGCUGGAUGGACACUCAGCUGAACAUCCUGAAGCACCUUGAGAACCUGCGUGGCGGAAACUAA